AUUUUUUGAGUCAAAUAGCAAAAAAAUAGAUUUUUGCAAUUUGCAACAACUGUUAAUGCCCAGAACUCCUGCUUUAAUUUCCGGCAUAUUAAGUGAGUAUUGAAAAUACGUAUUGAACCGUUAAUUGACUUAAAAAUUAUUUGCGUACCUUGAGGAUUUGUUAUUAUCAAGCUCCUAAACGAUUUUUCGCAUUACAACAUUUUUAAAAUUAAUCAACGGAAUUCACCUAUCCAUGGAAAAAUGUGUAAGUGUCUUUUAAAAUGUUUCCUGUUAUUAAUGUGGUUGAUUUUUUGAACCCUACAAAAAUGCACAUUUCUACAAUCAUGUACUAGUUUCAUGUGAAAAAGUCGUAUCUCGACUUAAACAAGUGGAUUUACCGCCAUUUCUUCUAGAUAUUUCACUCGCAUCUGCAACAAUCAUUCUUAAAAACCCUUUUUCUUUGCAAUGGUUCUAGAACCAAACGCAUUGAAAAUUACAGCGAAACUUUGGGCAAAAAACCAAAAAAAUUGAGCGGUUAACAUGCUAAUGAAACUUUCAGUUGCUAACAAUUUCUGAAAUCCGUAUGGCAAAAACCUAAACCGUGCAAAAUUUAAAUUUCGAUUUUGAAAAAUGUAUUCACAAUAAUUAUUGCAAAUUAUUCCUGUUCGUUACAAAGCAAAAUGUGAAUGGUUGGAUUUUUUUCGGCUGAAAAUAUGAUUUAAAUCGUGAGUUCCGGCUUAAAUGGGUUGCGACUAAGUUCGCUUCUUGUAAGUAGUGUAUCUGGCAGAUAUCAAGCAGAAAACGCAGAGUACAAUUUAAAUAUUAGCGGUUGUAAGGAAGAUGCGAAUUCAGUUGAUACAAAGCGCGCGUUGCGAUUACCGCAAACUAAUGUGGGUGGUUUAACAUAAAGCCUCGGAAUACCGUGCCGUCUCUCGAUUAGCAAAAUUAUAUAUAAUUUAAAUUUUAAUAAGGAAAUUUCCCAUUUAUUUUCAUCUGAAAGUAGGUCUAGGGUGAGUGAAACUCGAAGAAAACUUUCCACAACUUGAGGUUUGCUGUUUCCGAUCUCAAGGAAAAAUGACCUUUCUAAAAUGGGUGAUUUUUGUCGUAAACAUCUACACCUUCUACAGUGCAAAAGCCACAAUCCAUAGAGGCGGUAUUCUAUUUCCGCGCGAAUCCGAAACCAGGCAAGUGCUCUCUUUGGAUGGAAUAUGGAAUUUUGUUUCUCCCAGCAUUAAUUACAGUUCAAGCCCAUAUAUUGGGUUUGAGCAGCACUGGUACAAAAAGGACCUCAAUACCAUUCCGGACAUUGAAAUCAUCCAAAUGCCCGUACCAGCAAGCUACAACGAUAUCACUACCGAUCCGAAAUUACGAGACCAUGUAGGUCUGGUAUGGUACGACAGAAACUUCUUCGUACCGAAAUUUUGGUCUGAAAUUGGACGGGUCUGGUUGAGGUUCGAGUCGGCGAAUUACGCUGCACAAGUGUGGAUUAAUGGACAGCUGGUCAUGAGCCACGAAAUAGGGCAUUUACCUUUCCUUGCAGAAGUGACCGCCUAUUUAAAAUAUGGCAAAGAGAACCAUGUUACAGUAGCAGUGGAUAACACUUUGCUGCCUGAUACGGUUCCACAAGGGCGAGUAGUUGAGCUGGAAAGUGGAAGAUUGCAACAAUCUAUAACGUUUGAUUUCUUCAACUAUGCUGGCAUACACAGACCAGUGAAACUGUAUACUACACCAAAGACUUAUGUGGAAGACAUAACAGUAUUUACAGCGGAAGCAACAGCCGAGCUGGCCAAAUUGCAAUACAAUGUGACCAUAGAAGGAGUGAAUGAUAUUAUUUGCCGAGUGAGUUUAUCUGAUAAAUGGCGGACAGUCCUCACUACAGAUGAACAGUCUGCUUCCAGAUGCCAGGGACUUUUAUCCAUUGAAAACCCCAAACUGUGGUGGCCCUAUUUAAUGGAUCCAGAACCGGGAUAUUUAUAUUCAUUUGAGGUAGAGCUGUUUGAUGCCAAUGGAGACCUCGUGGACAAAUAUGUCCAGCCAGUUGGACUGAGAGUGUUAACGUGGAAUAGUACUAGUUUUCUCAUUAAUGGAAAACCCUUGUAUUUACAUGGGUUUGGUAAGCACGAAGACUCUGAUAUAAGGGGAAAGGGUUUGGAUUUGCCCCUCAUUAUACGGGACUACAAUUUAAUCAAAUGGGUAGGCGCUAAUGCUUACAGAACUUCACAUUAUCCAUACGCAGAAGAAAUUAUGGACUUGGCCGAUCAGUAUGGAAUCAUGGUUAUAGAUGAAUGUCCCGGCGUAAAUAUAGAGAUAUUCUCCGACAAUUUACUAGCCAAGCACAAGAUAUCACUGACUGAAUUAGUAAAAAGGGACAAGAAUCGUCCCGCAGUUGUAAUGUGGUCGGCUGCUAAUGAACCUCGAACCCAAUAUGCUGCCGCCAAAGAGUAUUUUAGGCAAAUAGUACAACAUAUAAAGUCUUUAGACACCACUAGACCGGUAACGAUAGUGGAAGCACAAGGAGUCAAUGUGGUUGAAUCCUCACAAUUUGUGGAUAUAGUAAGCUUUAACAGAUACAAUGCCUGGUACUCGAAUGAAGGUAAUUUGGAUGUUGUUACUGCCAAAGUGGUAAAUGAAGCAACCGCAUGGCAUAACAAGUUCAAUAAGCCGGUUAUAAUGCAGGAGUAUGGAGGUGAUACGUUGGAGGGAUUACAUUUUCUUCCAGAUUUCAUCUGGUCCGAAGAAUAUCAAGUCGGUCUGAUGUCCAAACAUUUUGAAGCAUUUGAUAUCCUGAGAAGUCAGGGAUUUUUCAUCGGGGAGUUUAUUUGGAAUUUCGCAGACUUCAAAACAAGACAAGAUUAUACUCGAGUAGGGGGAAACAAGAAGGGAAUAUUCACGAGAAAUCGCCAGCCCAAAGCCAGCGCCCAUCACCUUAGGAGGAGAUAUUGGGGCCUGGCCAAAGAAUAUAGCAAUAUUACGGCUCCAAAUGAUUUGCAAGCUUACGUGAUUGCAACUGCACUUUGAUGAUGCUUUAUUGUAACUGUAAAUGAGUCAGAAGAAAACUUGAAAUGUACUAGUCAGUCUGAGUGCAGGCAUAGUAUUUUGGA